GAAAGGCCAUCAAUUAACAGAAGAAACAAAUCUGAUUUGUUCUCCAUGGGUGGAAUCGAGUCAUGUUCCCCCCAGCUGCCAAUUUAUUAGGCAAACAAAUAUUGCGUUGUCUCUGGAUGGUUCUCAAAGAUGGUCCGAAUUUGAACAGCGCAAUAUUAGUUCCAAAUUCGACUCAAUACAAACAAGAUGGUCCAAAGAGUUCAGCCAUAUCUGUGGCUCUGCCUCACAGUGAUCUGCUGCCUCGCUUUUGUGGCGGGCCACACCAAGACCAUCUAUGGCUCAGAUGAGAGCGAGAGCGGGAGCUGGAACAGCAGCCAUACCACACUAAGUCGCUCGAAGCGAGUGGCCAUCUUUGAUGGUCAGGGCGUUGUCAAGUUUGUGCCGAGUUUAGCUUAUCCUGUGAAGCAAGUGGAUAAGGAUCAGUCGUUCUGGUGGUUCUUCAACUUUCAGUGCCAAUGGAUACCCACAACAAUUCCGCUCUAUUGGUGGAGUUUCUGGAACACAACCGCCUUCGUGUCCACAGCCCGUGAGUGGCGCAAGGAUAUGCAAACCAAGCUAAAGCAUGAUGAGGCACGCUCCUGGGUCUACGAUGCCAUCGAAACUGGCAUGGAGCAAUUGGAUGGCGACAACGGAAGUGUGUGCCUGCUGCGUAGUAUCUGUGAGAUAUCCCAGCGCCCCUUUCAGAACAGCAACAUUUUCAGCGAAAUACUCAAUGCGGUCUUGGUACCCACGCUGGACAAUGUGGCGGGGAAGUAUCUGCACGCCAGGGAUGCGGGACGUGCUGGUGCGGACUGUGCAAAGACCUUCAACGACUGCAGUCCGAUACUGUGGACCCUGGUCACGAAUAUGGCAAAGAAUCCCUUCUGAAUAAAGUCUACCAAUCUAUAGUC